AGGAUACUUGCAUCUAUUAUACCAACAAAGAAUCAUCGAUAUCCACGUAAUAACAAACAAUAUAAACAACGGCGAUGAUAACCGGAAAACGAGUUAAUGGCAUUCCUCUCAUUCAUACUCUUCGCCCUAGCACUCCUCGCCUAUACCAGAAUCACCAAUCGUCCAUUCAAAUUCCCCCCAGGUCCAAAACCCCUCCCCCUCAUAGGCAACAUCCUCGACCUCACACCCACACAACUCUGGCUCAAAGCUCUCAAAUGGGCAAACACCUACGGUCCCAUAACCCACCUCCGCAUAUUCAAUCAAAGCCUCAUAUUCCUCAACACCCCACAAGCAGUAUUCGACCUCCUAGAUAAACGAGGCGCGAUAUAUAGCGAUAAACCUCAUCUCGUCAUGGCUGGUGAACUUUGUGGCUGUGAUAAUAUGGUGGCGUUUACUCCCUAUGGGGAUAGAGCGAGGAGACAGAGGAAACUUAUGCAGAAGGCCUUUGGACCUGCUGUUAUUCCUACUUAUCAUCCUUUGAUGCAAAUGGAGACUAGUCCAUUUUUGAAGAGGUUGGUUAGUAGUCCACUCAAAUUUCAAGAUCAUAUUCGAAGAUACGCAGGCGCACUCACCCUCCUCGUCGUAUACGGUCAUCAAGUAAAAAGCAACGACGACCCAUUCCUGAACCUCGCAGAAGAAUGCGUAGACAUCCUUGCAAAUCGUAUCGCAAGCGGUGGUGGCAUAUGGCCCGUCGACCUCUUUCCUGCCCUGAAAUAUAUCCCCAACUGGUUCCCAGGCGCUUCCUUCAAACGAAACGCCUCGAUCUGGAAAGAUAAAAUGCAAGAAUUCGUAGAUCGUCCUUUUGCAUUCGUAAAAGCAGAAAUUAAAAAAGGAACCGCUCGACCUUCUUUCGUAUCAACACUCCUCGAACCUAUCAAACUCUCAGAUGCCUCAAGCGACGCUUCAUUCACCUCUGAGAUAAAACAAGUUCCGACCCCAGACGACCCCCAACUAGAUCACGAUAUCCGCUGGACAGCUAAUUCCAUGUACUCCGCUAGCAUCGAUACAACCCUAGGCACCCUCUCCCACUUCAUCCUCGCUCUUAUUCAAUACCCGCAUGUUCUUGAACUUGCUCAAGCGGAACUUGAUUCGGUUUUGGGUGGGGAUGAUGCAGUAUUGGGCAACGGUGGGAUCUUGGGCGUAGACGAUGGGGUGGGCGUAAACGAUAGAGUGGGCACAUCGAAAACGACGGCAAGAAGACUACCCACAUUCGAAGAUCGCGAAAAGUUACCCUAUUGCGAUGCAGUGUUUACAGAGACGCUUAGAUGGGGGGUGCCUGUUCCGCUUAGCCUCCCACACAGACUAACCCAACCCGACACUUACCAAGGCCUCCACAUCCCCCAAGGAAGCCUCGUCUUUGGCAAUAUAUGGGCUAUAAUGCGUGAUGAGCGGAUUUAUGAACGAGCUGAUGUGUUUGAGCCUGGGAGGUGGUUGAGGCGCGAUGGAGGUGGGGGUUAUGAUGGGCGUGAACCUGAUGAGGAAAGGGAUGAGGAUGAGGAGAAGUGGAAAGAGACAGAUCCUCGAGCGUUCGUAUUUGGAUUCGGAAGACGGAGAUGCCCAGGCACACACCUAGUCGAAUCCUCAGUAUGGCUCCUUAUGGCUUGUAUGCUCGCAACGCUUGAUAUUAGGAAGGCGAGGGAUGAGAGGGGGGUUGAGAUUGAGCCUGUUAUCAAGUUUGAGAAUGCUGUUUUUAGAACACCAAGCCCGUUCGUGUGCGAUAUCCGCCCGAGAAGUGAGGAAGCGCUUAGGUUGAUUAUGGAGGGGGUGUAAGCGUGUAGUGGGUGGGUGCGAUUUGUGCGAUUUGUUUGGUUGGGUGUGUGUGUGAUUGUUUGAGGAGUGUCGUUGGAUUGCGUACGUUGAUUGACGAGGGUUGAUUGAAGUACGCUGCACGGAUGUUCUUGCUGAGCGCUGAGCCUGUUACCUCGAAAAAGUAUAUAUGACGUUCGCAGUGUUCAUAGCGUGUUGUAUUAUAGUUCGUUGAUUGGAUGUAUGUGAUUGGUG